CUCCCCAUACUCGUCUCCUGUUUCUUUCCCCCUCAUCUCGCCCCGCCUUGCUGUGUAAGGAUCCCGUAUUUUGUAUACUCGAGCGAGCUCAUCUCCGGCUGGUCCGACCAUCUCCCCCCCUAAACAAACAUCAAUCACACCCGUACUCUAGAACUGGAUUCAAUUUCAGCUGGUAACAUGUCCAAUUCUGUGCAGGUCACUCCAAGGAAGCGGAAGGCUGGUACCAGUAUCAAUGAUGCUGCAAAGGCUGCUGCUGCACCCACGCCUAGAACGGCUAGAACCUCAAAGCGCUCAGUGCCCGCAAAUUCCGCACCAGUACCGUUUCCGACACCUCCUGCUACUCGACACCGAACGUUUGAUCUUGAAACACGACCAGCGCUCACUUCCGCCCCUGUGGAAACACCUAAAGCAGGCGUUCCCAACCUUCCGCCUCAUCUAGAAACGUUACUCGGUAUCCAGAAAGCCUUCAAUCUUGCCCUCUCUCUUUACAUUGCUACACAUCAUCCCGUUCUUCCUCCUCAUUCUCCCACAGCUACCAGCGUUAAACUGCCCAACCUCACCAAUUAUUUAGCGAUCAAGGAGACAGUCGAGCGUACUUGUGGCAGGAGAUUUGGAACCCAGGAACUUGGAAGACUGGCUUGGAUAUGGUCAUGGGAUGGAAAGUCUCUCUCUGAUGAAAAGUCCAUAUCUGAAAAGAGCAAGGAAACAGGAAAGAAGGCAAUGCUCGACGAAGACAACCCUUUUUUUGUUCCAUCAUCUCCUGCCUUGGGCUCUGGUGAAGUUUCAGGCAUGAGCUAUCUGAUCACCUCCACGAGAACCCUCGACCCCUCUAAUGGAAGACGAGUGUAUACUCAUGGCGUUGGCAUUGAGCUCGAACUGAGGAAAGGUGAGACGAGACAGUUGUUGUCUAAUUCCGAUGGUGGAUUGGGUAACAGGGGCCAAGGCGGAGGAACUGGCGCGAUCGGUAGAUGGAAUGCCAACGGAGAAACUAGAGAAGACGAAUUUAGAGAAAAAUUGGAAAAGUGGGUAGAGCUGCAUGGUGGCUACGAGCCGCCUGAAGCUACAGUCCUUCCUACUCCUACUACAUCUGAAACAUCUACUCGAUCUACUAUUCCUCCCAUCCCGAUACUUCCACUUCCUCAACUCCCUUCCAACUCUGCACUGCCAUCUACCAAUUUAAUGGCGCAGUUUACAUCCCCUUCCUCUGCCUCAAUGACCAUGACACCCAAAAAGAACCACCUCCCGCCUGCUUUUAGCUCACCUAAGACAGCUGGUCUGUCUGACCCUUUUGAGAUUGCAGAGCCCGAGAACAAUGGCCAAAUUAAGGGUAAAAUCGUGAGGAACGGUUCGGUGGAGGAAAGGCGGAAGGCCAUGAUGGAGAGGCUCAAGGCCAGGUCAGGAGCGAAUAAGGCUGUCUUGGCUACUUUGGGUUCUGCAACUGGCGGCUUCAAGAGACCAGGUGUUAAUCUUUCCGCAUUAUCUGCAGGAGGCCAACAGGAAGAGCUGAAGCGAAGGAGUACGCUGAGCAGGUUGGAAAGUGUCGCAGAAGCUGUCUGGAUGAUGUUUUCUGCACCUUCGCCUGGCCCAAGUACUCUCCCAACGGCUCCUCGAGGUCGAAGGAAAGCCAUACCGAUGUUUGAAGUCGCCGAGGUCAUCGUCAAAAGCUCUAAAACUCCCAUUUCGACAGCUGAGGCCCAAACGUCUCUCCAGAUGCUGACCGAGCUCUGCCCAUUCUUCCUUACCAACAAGACUAUUGGGCGACAAGAGUGGCUUGAGAUGCCCAUGACGGCUCUUUCUGCAGCUCCGACGUCUCCAACUACGUCCACCCUGACCUCUUCGCCUUCUUCUGGCGCGACGAUGGUUGCUCGGCAAACGUCAAGCUCACCCUCAACCCCUAGUCGGUUGAAAGCAGAAUUGGUCGGCCCUGCAAGCCCUGGUCGAGUUAGAAGACAGGGAGGGUUAAGAGAAGUGAGAGAAAGGAUUCGUCGUGAACUGGGAGAGUGAUGUUGCCCCCGGAAUUGGGUGGUACGCGCAAGCAGAUUGCAUGGAGACCGAUAUAAGUAAUGUUACAUGGUAUAGUAUAUAUUUUUACUAAUUAAAAAGUAUCUUGUCUCAUGCAUGCUUGCCU